AUGCGUGAAUGUCUUUCAAUUCAUAUUGGUCAAUGUGGUGUACAAAUUGGAAAUGCAUGUUGGGAAUUAUAUUGUCUUGAACAUGGCAUACAACCUGAUGGACAAAUGCCAACUGAUUGUACUCUUGGAUCGGGUGAUGAUUCAUUUCAAACUUUUUUUGCUGAGACAGGAGCUGGAAAAUAUGUACCUCGAACGGUUUUUAUUGACCUUGAACCAACAGUUAUUGAUGAAGUACGAACGGGUACUUAUCGUCAAUUAUUUCAUCCUGAAACACUUAUCUCGGGUAAAGAAGAUGCAGCAAAUAAUUAUGCACGAGGUCGAUAUACUGUUGGAAAAGAAAUCAUUGAUUUAGUACUUGAUCGUAUUCGAAAAUUAGCUGACCAAUGUUCUGGUCUAUUAGGAUUUUUUGUUUUUCAUAGUUUUGGUGGUGGUACUGGUUCAGGUUUUACUUCAUUACUUGUCGAACGAUUGGCUGUUGAUUAUGGAAAAAAAUCUAAACUUGAAUUUGCUGUUUAUCCAGCUCCACGUAUAGCAACUGCAGUUGUAGAACCAUACAAUUCUAUUCUCGUUACACAUAGUACAUUCGAAAAUUCAGAUUGUUGUUUUUGUAUUGAUAAUGAAGCUGUUUAUGAUGUAUGUCGACGAAAUCUUGAUCUUGAAAAACCAACUUAUACAAAUGUUAAUCGUAUAAUGGCACAAGUUAUAUCAUCUAUAACUGCAUCACUUCGUUUUGAUGGUGCUAUAAAUGUUGAUCUUACUGAAUUUCAAACCAAUCUUGUUCCAUAUCCACGUAUACAUUUUCCUUUGACCACAUAUGCUCCAAUUAUAUCAGCUGAAAAAGCUUAUCAUGAACAAUUAACAACAUCAGAAGUAACAUCAGCUCUAUUUGAACCUGGUAAUCAAUUAGUUAAAUGUGAUCCAAGACAUGGAAAAUAUAUGGCUUGUUGUAUUCUUUAUCGAGGUGAUGUAGUACCAAAAGAUAUAAAUGCUACUAUUUCAACAUUGAAAGCUAAUCGAAAUAUUCAAUUUGUUGAUUGGUGUCCGACUGGUUUUAAAAUUGGUAUUAAUUAUCAACCACCAACAGUUGUACCUGGUGGUGAUUUAGCUAAAGUUCAACGUGCAGCUUGUAUGAUGGCAAAUACAACAGCUAUUGCUGAAGCAUGGGCUCGUCUUGAUCAUAAAUUUGAUUUACUCUAUGCAAAACGAGCAUUUGUUCAUCAUUAUGUUGGUGAAGGUAUGGAAGAAGGUGAAUUCAGUGAAGCUCGUGAAGAUUUGGCAAUGUUAGAAAAAGAUUAUGAAGAAGUUGGAGCUGAUACAGCACCAGCUGAAGGUGAAGAAGAAGGCGAAUAUUAG